CGUACGGUCCGACCGUCCGAGCCAAUCCAGGAGCGCCGCCGAGCCCUCCUCCCUCCCGUCCCGAUCAUUUCUCUCCGCCACCACCACCAGCCGCAAAAAAAAUGUGCGGAAAGGGCCGGAACAACGGGCUCGCGUCGCCGGCGGGGACAAGCGGCACGGCGACCGCCAUCGUCGCCCUCGCGUCGCUGCUCCUCGCGGCCUCGGUCGUCGUCUUCCUCGUGUCGCCGCCGGCGCCGGCGGCGGACGAGAAGCCCCCCGAGCCGGUGGAGCUCGCCAUCGGCGUCGCCGGGCACGAGGGCUGGCUGGACGCGCUCCGGGCGUGGGCCAAGCUGGCGUGCCUCAAGCUCCGCCCGCUCGAGCCAAGGUGUGAUCUGAGGAGCUCGGGGUCGAUGAAGAAGGCGGCCAAGCAGAGCCUGGCGAUGGGCAAGGAGGCCGUGGAGCAGACGGCGGUGUCGGCGGCGAGGGCCGCCGAGGAGACCAUCGGGAGGACCACCGAGAAGGUGCGGAGGAAGGUCUCCCCGUCGCCGUCGACGUCGUCGGCGCCACUCGCCGAUGGAGACCUGUGAUCUGCAUGCAGGUCGACGCAAGCGCCAAAAUUUUCCGAGCUGUAUCCCUCCACUUUAUGUUACCUGUAAGCUGUAGCUUUCUACUAGUGCGAGAAGAAAAGAUGGCCCCCUCGGCGAUAUGUAUGCGUAUGAAUAUCCUGCGAUUCUGUUUUUCUCUGUA